AUGAUCUAUCUUGCAGUUAUUUUCCUCUUUGCAAUCGCUUCGGCCAUUCCAAGUGGUCGAGAAGACGUGGUGUUUCCAUCCGUGGAAACGUCCAGAUCUGGAGUGAAGACGGUCAAAUUCCGAGCUCUAAACGAAGAUAUAGAACUGAAAUUAGAACCUGCUGGUGACAUAUUGGCCAAAAACUUCGCAAUUGUUGAUCAACAACCAAACCCAAUCGACGUAGAAGACUUGAAAAGAAGAAUUUACAGAGACAGCACUAAUGGAGCCGCUCUUUUGAUCGACGAAGACGGGCCUGUCACGAUUCAAGGAAUUGUAAAUUCAAAAUUUAGAAUCGAACCGUAUGAGUUGGGACCGUCCAUCUUUAACGGGAGAACCGUUAAAGAUGUUCAAAUACCACAUAAGAUUGUAGAAGUUAUAAAUGACGAAAAGUCCUUUCUGAAUGAUGCAGUCAUGCAUAUGGAUGUUAACGAAGAAAUGGAAAAGGUUGCAACAAUGGCCAGAGACGAUCAGUGCAUAGUUGUGGAAUGUCUGGUUGUUACAGAAAGUGCUUUUACGAAACGAUUCGAAACUACAAAAGCUCUAACGGAAUACGUAACUGUCAUGUAUACUGGGGUUCAAAACCUAAUUGAUACAUUACAAUUGGGAAUAAAAGUUCGUUUGCUUGGGAUUGAUCCAUUUAAGAAAGAUACAGAACCACCUUAUAUAGAAGAGAGUGUAAUUCCAGGACACCCAGAAUAUUUUAAUCCUUAUGAUUUACUUGAUGGCAUGGGAAAAUAUUACUGUAAUCAUGCUACUGGUUUAGCUAAAGAUGCUGAUAUAAUCAUGCUUUUUAUUACUCGAAAAUUGGGCGAGUUACAAGAUGAUGGUACAGUUGUAUUUGUAGCUAAGGGCGUUGCAUACACAGGCACUGUUUGUAACGAAUGUUACAAAGUUGGCAUUUCUCUAGACGAUUCACGGUACAAGGAAAGAGUUGAAACGGUAGCUCAUGAAAUAGCUCAUCUACUUGGGAGUCUUCACGACGGCGAAAGUUCGGAUGUGGGUUUGCCUGUUGGAACUCCAGGAGCAUUAGAUUGCCCAGUAACUGACGGUUAUAUGAUGGGAGAUCGAAGUAAUCUUUUUAACAGAUAUAAAUUUUCCGAAUGCUCGAAGAAUUGUGUUAAAUAUGCAUUAUCGUUAGCAGAAGCUAAGUGUGUAUACGAAAGCUGUGGAUUUCAGUAAUUGGUAUUUAAUGAUAUGAUCGACAUUCAACGAACUAUUGCUUUAAA